CCUGUUUGUCUUUCUGCUGUCUCUCGUCGUCGUUCAUUCUUCCCGUCCCUCGCCCCCCUCCCCCACCCCCUGCGUUUGCCCGGCCAUCUUGCCCCUCGCCCCCUCAAUUCACCGCCAGACGCAACACUGACAACAUUCACCGGCCGGUGCUGACGCUGAUCUCAACUCCCUCCCCGCCCAGAUGCUCUCUCUGACCAUGUAGCUGCCUGGCGCAGGCAACAUAUUGCAAGCCUCGUCUUACCUCCGCGCCUGAACCCCGUCUGGGUACUUCUCGCCAUGGAGAGGCUUCCCGAGGGGCUGCUGUCCACCGCGACGAAGGUAUCGACGGAGAUGGACGGGAUGGGGGCGGUCGACAUCGGUGACGUCGUGCAGCUUUGGAGAGGUGCGCAUGUCCGCGCCUUCCCGCGUAACAAGUCUCACCGUACAGCAGUCUACAGCACCAACCCUUCCGCGCACCAUGACGAUCUGGGAUACCGCCUCGAGAACCUAUUCUGGAGGAUUUGGAGUAGCCAUUGCCUACACCACACUCUCCAGGGGUCGACACUGGCCACCCUCUUCCUGCACAUUUCGGAGCCCAGCUCACUCUGUCUUGAAGACUUGAAUAAGGCGGAGAAGGAAGCGCGGGCGUCCAAAAAACACAACGAAGAGAAGCCCAUGGGAAAGUCCACCACUGGCAACGUCAAAGCACCACUUCAUCCAAUCCUCAAAAAGCCUCGUAACGGGGUCCCCAACGGCGAGCCGCACAAAACGACUCGUCUGCUUCUGACGGGCAUCGACGGUCAGAGCACCACCCGCAAACCAUCGUACCCCCUUACCCCGGUGCCACCGGCCGUGCCCACGAUGGGGGACACUGCCCCUCGGCAGACGCAGAAGAAAGCGUUUGUUGUGGCGAGCAAGGCCAAACAUAUCAAGCGUCGGCCGGUACUCCUGCGACGCAAGUCCUCGCAGCAGUCGUCCAGUACCAAUUCUACCCGUGCCCAAAGCCCGCAGCCGAAUCCACCAUCGCUGACUCUAGACCUUACUGAAAAAUACCCCACGACGGAAGAAUGUAGUGUGUCGCAGACUGUUGAUGAACUGGCUACCUUCCUUGAGGAUACCAAAGACGAGCCUUCCGAUACAGUUGCUCCUACUGAGAAAGAGAACCCUGGUCAUGCAGAGAUCCCCCAGGACACGGGAAAGCCCCAAGACGAGCAGGGGCCCUCAGAAGAAAAAGCGCACCAGGUUGAAGAGAAUCCCGUCCUGCCUGAGGACUUUGUAUCCGAUCUGGUGGAGCUCCUUGACAUUGACCGUCCACCGGAGGUGCAUGUCCCACCGCCACGACCGCGGUAUCGCGGGUUUUAUUUCAUCAAGCCCACGCUCCCUAAGCCGAACUUCUUCUCGUAUAAUGCGCUCCGUCGCUUGGAUCCACGAUUCCUAUAUACGGAGAACUAUGUACAGCCAUCAUCAAUGAAGCUAGUUGACAAGAACUUUCGGCAGCGGUUCUCCGAAAGAGUACGCCAGGAGCAGAUCAUGUUUUCUACCCUGGGGGCUCCUGAACCCGAAUCCGAACCAGCAGCAAGGCCCCCCGAGCCGAUCCGGGCAGAAUCCAGCAGCACCAUCAUCACCAAUGACACGCCAUCACCCUCUCAAUUUGGGGACUCCCAUGGGAAUGUAUCCACGGCGCCAAGCUCCGCCAUGCCGCUGCAGACACUCUCCCUCGGCAGUGGCUCGGACUUUUCCACCGACAGCCAGGGCACCCCGGAGGAGGAGGCGCCAGCUCUAGCGACCCCGAUUUCGGGCCCGCCUGGACCCAGUCAACUCAGCGUGAUGAUUGAGCGUAGCCGACACGAGGGGACGGAGGAGAACGCGCAGAUCCGCUAUCGCCCCGAGGAAAACCAGCAGGAGAUUGAUGAAAUCCUAUUCUAGUCAAACAGACACAGCCAGACAGCUGAAAUGAGAAAGCAAUAUGCAACAUAACAUGAC